AUGCCUAUCACGAACCCUCUCCACCGCUACAAAUGGAAAGUUGGGAAGGAUCCAGAGGGGUAUUAUUCAGAGGAAGAGGAGUAUAAGCGGGGACCGGUCGAACGCGAUGAGAAUGGUGAAAUAAUCAUACCCCGGCGCAGAGUCCUUGACUUGUAUGAGGUUCUCGGUCUCGAUGACCAGGCGACUCAAGACCAGAUCAGGGCUGCUUAUAAGAAGAAGGCGCUGAAGCAUCAUCCUGACAAGGCACCCCCGAGCAAGAAAGAAGAAGCGAACAGCAAAUUCCAAAAAAUCGCCUUCGCUUACGCCGUCCUUUCUGAUGAACGUCGCCGCGCGAGAUUCGAUAAGACGGGUAGCACGGAGGACGCCUUGGACGAAGAUGAGGAUUUUGACUGGACGGAGUUCUACCGGGAGCAAUUCGCCACCGCUGUUGAUGUCGAUGCGAUCGACAAGCUCAAGAAGGAAUACCAGGGGUCUGAGGAAGAGGUCAAGGAUAUACUGCAGGCCUAUGAAAAUCACCAGGGCGAUCUGGAUAAAAUCUACGACUCUGUGAUGCUGUGUAAUGUCAUUGAUGAUGAUGAGCGAUUCCGCGCCAUCAUUGACUUGGCUAUUGCGGAAGGAAGGGCCCAGAAGUACAAGAAAUACACGGAGGAGCCGGUCAAGAAGCGUCAGGCCAGAUUGAAGCGGGCACAGAAGGAAGCGAAGGAGGCGGAACAAGUGAGCAAGGAGAUGGAAGAGAACAAGUCUAAGACGGGUAGGAAGAACAAGGGAGGGAGGAAGAAGGAGGAUGGCCCCGAGGACGUGGGUGACUUGGCUGCGAUGAUUAAACAGCGGAACCUUGGCCGUCUUGACAGCCUCAUCAAUCGGUUGGAGGAGAAGUAUAACAAUCGGUUGGAGGAGAAGUAUAACGUGGAUAGUGAGCUUAAUGCGCUGGGGCCGGGGCCGAGCAAGGUCAAGAAGACGAGGAAGAAGCGGAAGUCGAGUCCUCCUGAAUCGGCAUUCGAAGAAAUGGCUGCGCGUGGGGAGAAGAAGAGGCAGAGGACCAAGGGGUGA